AUGAGCUCGCUGAGCUACCGCAAGCGCACCAACCUCAAGGACUCCAUUGGAGGGAAAGGGGACGAGGAGAGUCUCUUCUCCACCCUCAGUGAGCGGCCGGACUCGCCGGACCGCUCCUUCCGCAAGGCCGCCCGUGCCUCGGCAUCUGGCGGCUCAGAGGAGAGCACCUCCCUUGCCUCCUGGAAGAAGUCAUUGGGCGGAGGCCUGGAAGAGCUCAGCGAGAGGGGCUCGGUCCUCUCCGAGGCCAGCAGCCGCCUCUCGAAGGGGCUGGAGAAGCGCUGGUCCACCUCGGCUGCCGAAUUCGAUCGGACGUCGGUCCUCUCAGCCACGGUCAGUCAGAGUGGAGCCUCCUGGGCUGGCCUGGAAGAUGACACCCGCUCGUCGCUCAGCUUGGCCCUCUCGAGCCCCGGAAGCUCGCGGCGCAGCGCUUCUCGCUUGGAUGACCUUACCCCGUCCUACGGCCGGCCGGGCUCACGGAUCUCUCUGAGCCGUUCCCAGUUUGACGACACGGCCAGCCUGGCCCCCAGCGACUCACGCUCCCUCUGCAGCCAACACUCCGUCACCCGCAGCCUCUCGGUGCCUCCUCGGCCCCGGACAUCCACCUCGGAGGAUCUGAGAGUAGAUGAAGCGGACAUCCGGCCGGUCGGCCAUCGGAGCUACCUGGACCCGGAUCUGGAGGCAGCGAUCAGCGAGGUGCUAAACUACAAGCCUGUCAAAUUCAGGCGCUCCAGCCAUGACCCCGACUCGGAUGAAGAUGACCGCAGGAGUGUCCGAAGCGCCAGGAGCACCACUCUGCUGGAGACCACCGAACACCCAGCCAGCAGCCUCCGCCGUUCAGCCUCGGCCUUGGACUUCUACAGGCCCGAUCAGAAAACGAAGGGUAGGAGAAGCCGGAAGCGGAGUUCCUCCAGUGACUCCUCCUCUUCCUCCUCCUCCUCCUCCUCUUCCUCUCCCGAACGGCAGAGAAAGACCUCCAAGAAGCGCGCCAAGAAGUCCAAGAAGAAGUCCAAGAAGAAGAAGCAGCAGAGGUCCCACUCCGGCUCUUCUUCGGAGUCGUCGUCCAGUUCCACUGUCUCAUAUCGUAGCGACUCCAGCAUCAAGAAGGGCCCGAAGCGCUCGGACGGGGAGAGCGGCGGCCCCCCCAGGGAUGGGGGUCCCGAAACUGAGAAGUCCACCAAGCAACUGAAGAAGGAGGAGAAGAAACGGAAGAAGCAGGUGGACAGCUUGAUGAUGAAGUACUUGUAUCGGCCGGAAAGCGACUAA